GCAGAAAUUAUCUUCUGCGACUAGUACUAGUACACAAGCAGCAGUUGGAGUGUUUAGCAAUCUCACGUUUCGGGAAGAGACGGAACGGAUCGAAAGCGAGACCUCCUGUCCGGAUCUAGUAGUCACCACAAGUGGUAAACUGGUGGAACACUUUUAUCGCGGCAGUCUGGCGAGUCGCAAAAUAGUGACGAAUUUGCGACACUUCGUGAUCGACGAAGCAGACAGACUUCUCUCGUCGCAGAUGGAACAUCCUUCGUGGCUUGACGUUUUACGAGACAUCGAACGGGCUAAGGCAACAGGAAUUAGGGAUUUUGGAAUCGAUAUCGAAGUCGUG